CCAAAACCAUUCAAGCCACUAGAGAAAACGAUGGAGUUGGGCCAAUCGCAAAACCGGCAACCAUUUGGGCUGAGGCCCAUCAAUUUUCAUCGUCCUCCGGUUGCAGCAACGUCUUCCUCUGUGCUGCAGGGAACCCUAUCGCCGAUGCCCAGAGCCCUGCUUUGUCCUCAACUCACUUGUCCUCUUAGCCUCCGGCAGAUGUUGUACGAUUUCGCUUCAAUCGCUUCUUGAAAUGCUCGGUUCAUUACAGAGACAACCGCUUCAAUCAGGUGGUGGAGUAUGCUAAACCGGCAGAGAUUCCAUGGAAUAAGGAGCUCUGUAACACAUAGCAUCUCAUCAGUACUGUUGGGACCCCUGUAAAAAUCAAGCACCUAUCCUGUCGCAAGGUCCUUGCGUAGACACUACUCGCCGUCAGGAAAAUCGCCAAGGAGACGAUCUAGUGACUAUGUAUUUCUAGCGUUGUGUUUUCAAAUUUUGCAUGCUUGGUUAUCAGAGAAUUAUUUUUGCGUUUUGGUAUUAGGUACAGCUUGUAUUUAGCAUUUGUCAUACCAUAAUUGAUGACCAGGGAAGGGGUGAAGAGUUUUGGGGUUUUGAAAUAAGUUAAUUUUUAGAAGAGCUUUUGUUUAAGCUUCCUAAGUAUGAAACUUGGAAAGCUAGCAAAGAAUAAUGGAGGGGAAAUUGAGAUACUGAAGUAAUGGUUUGGUGUAAUAAAGGAAAUCUCUAUUUAGUGGCAUGACCACUCAAUAGCCAGUUUGGAUUGGAUGGUUGUAGCUUACAUAUAUGAGCCGUUCUCCUUCUCAUUGAAUACCACUUGUAUGUACUGGAAUUUACUUUAUACCAUACGAUACUGUAUGUGCUUUCUCACUCUCUCAUAUGUGUGCAUUACAUAUAUUUUUUCCUGUUUUUUUAUGACAUAAAAUGAUUGCUUCAUGACAUUCUAAUUACUUGGUAGAAUACAAAAUAUGGUACUAAAGUCUGGAAAAUGGAAAUUGAUGGUUCACAGGAUCAGUUAGACGUUCUGGGAUGAGCAGGCACAAGUUGCUUCUGGGCAUGUUGAAAGGCCACCAAAUAUAUGUUGCUGGUCGAUUGGUUUCAGAUAUAAUGGAAAAUGAUGAUGGAAAGCUGCAGAUCCACUGCAAAGUGCUUUAUUCGUGACCAUACAUUCACUUAUAUUUUAUUUUUGCAAUAGUGAAAUGAAUGGAUUGUUAUUGUUUCAACCUCCUGCACGUAGUGGUGCAGCAAUUGUAUUUUAUUGGAAGGAACUCUGUGUCAGCAGCAUCAUAUGAUCGUGAUUCUGAUAGCACCGAAGCAAGUUAUGUCUUUCAUGAAACAUGGUCUCAGAUUAAAAAAAAAAAAAAAGUGAAAUUGUCAUGUGCAUGUUAUUUGAUAUUUAAUUAUUGGCAGAACAAGUUUGGCAAUGACGCUGCAAACUGCACAGGAUCCACAGAAGAACUAUAUCAAGCCCUUUUGCUAAUCCUUUGGAGUGUUGGGAUAAUAGAAAGAACAAGAUUCUUCAACCAUCAGAUUCUAAUCCCAAUUACUUCUUAUGAUUUACAGAGGAGCCAAAAUAUCCUGAUUUCCAGCAUAAAGAUACUGGAGAGGCUUUAUGGGUUGAAGGUAUGUACAACCCACCCAGGCUUAAUUCGUGGGUGACAUUAUCGGAUGAAAGAAUGGGAGCCAUUCGUGAUCAGGAAUGGCCAGUGAUGAUUUCAUGCCUUUUUAGUAAUUAAUUCAUGGUGCUGUUUGUCCAAUAUUAUACCAUAUGUUGCAGUGUCUCUGCUUAAUAUUCAUUUUGUUAUGAGGUUAUUUUUGGAACGCCUCAAUGGGCUUUGUUUGUAUAGGCUGCAAUGUGGAAUCUAUUGCUUGAAAGUUGUAAUUCUUUGUAGUUUCUGAACUUUUUGGAACAUGUUCAAAUAUUCUUGUCAUUAUAA